ACCAUUCCGUGGUGGCGUCUUUACUGCUCAAGAAACCCUUGUUCUCGAUCGCCGGCCACCGACGACCUCACUGAUCGUUCAAAAUGUCUGCGUUCAUAGAUUGCCGGAAGAGGGGCGCCUCGGCGUUCCUCGAUGACGCCUUCUGCGAUUCUCCGUCUCUCUCGAAGAGGAUCCGCCUCUCCGACACCGCUGCUCUCCUGGCAACGCCGUCUCCGUCGACGCAGAACCCUCUGGAUCUUCUUAGGGCUCGGUUUCCCGACCUGGACAUUGAGCUUGUACAAAGAGUAUUUGAGACAUCUGGUAGUAACUUGGACGCUGCCAUCAAGAACUUGAUUGAACUUUUAUCAUCAUCACAAGGAAGGAGUCUGGAUUCUGCUUUUGUGAACAAUUCAGUGCCCAUUUCUCCAGAUGUUCGUCUACCAUCUGAAGAUAGUAUGGCAGGUUCUUCAUCAGGAAGGCCAGAUGCUACAAGCAAUCUCCCAGUCAACCGAUCAGGAUGCGUGGAACUGCUUUUGAAAGAAUUAACAUCUGCCGCCGACCUUAAUGAUGCAAAAACCCAUGCAUCAAGAAUCUUGGAGCUGUUUGAGAAAUUUGUCGCUGCCCGAACUAGUCACGAGGCAUUCGAGAGUCUCAGCAAGGAAAACGAAAAGUGGAAGCAGCAGGUUGAAGUGCUACUUCACGAGAACAAUAUCCUGAAGCGAGCUGUCAGCAUACAGCACGAAUGGCAGAGAACAUUCGAUGCCCAGAAUGAAGAGGUGCAACAGCUGAGGCAGAUGCUCUCUCAGUGCAAAGAGCAGAUAAGGACACUUGAGAUGAACAAUUAUACACUGGGGGUGCACCUCAAAGUGGCUCAGCAGAGCAGCUCGUUUCCUGGACGCCACCACCCAGAUGUCUUUUAGCCAAUUUAUAUAUUUCACUGUGCAAAACAAUGCGAUCACGUUCUGCCUUUAUUGUUCAUCAAUUGUGGCAGAUAAAGUGUGUUGUAUCACGCUCUGACUAGAUCAUUAAUUUUGUGAAUAAUCAAUUAUUUAGGAGUUUCUACAA